AUAUUAUCGCCAUUUUGGGUAUGGACGAAUUAUCUGAAGAAGAUAAACGAACUGUCGAGCGUGCAAGAAAAAUUCAAAGAUUUUUGAGUCAACCAUUUGCUGUUGCCCAAGUCUUUACUGGAUUCGAAGGUCGUCUAGUUAAGCUAAAGGAUACUAUCCGUUCAUUUAAAGAAAUUCUUGAAGGCAAAUGUGAUGAUUUACCAGAAUCUGCUUUUUAUAUGGUUGGCGAUAUUGAUGACGUCAGAAAGAAAGCCGAAG